UUUAACCUUCAGAGAGAGAGAGAGCGAGAGAAAGAAACCGAGACACCUGUACUAGGCUGAGCGAGACUCCUGUGCCAUAGACCAGUAGAGACCUCUGUCCCAGUCAAGAGUUAUCUAAGUGAAAAAUUGACAGAUCUGUACCAGUGCCAUAUCUUUAUAGCUGGGGAGAAACAAACUAUUUUGGUCCAGAAAAGAGGCAAGAGUUUACUUGCAAGAAGCCUAUCAACAAACAAGAUACUACAGACAAACAGAUACGUCCCUACUGAGGAGGAGACUUCACAAUCCACUGGAGACAGCAGAUCUUUGAGAGUACUUGUACUUGGGAGAAACUGAUACACUUGUAACAAGAAGACAGCUGUGACAAGACAUUGUUUGAGACACAGUUGUUCAGCUCCAUGGCGGAGCCUUCACAUAGUUGGUGGAAACUCACAUUUCUCAGAAAAAAGAAAUCCACGCCUAAAGUUGUCUAUGAAUCGGUUGUAGAACAUGCAGGCACAGAGAAGGCACCAGAUGAGAACCCAGGCGAUACCAAUUACACAGCACGGUUAGAGAAAAUUGUGGACAAAAACACGAAGGGUAAACAUGUAAAGGUGUCCAACUCUGGGCGCUUUAAAGAAAGGAAGAAGGUCCGUCCCUCACUAAAUGAGACACCUGGACUAUGCCCUGAACCAUCAAAUGGACAGUGAAGCAAAUUCAUUCUCGAUUAGUUCUUUGGUUCCUUGGAUGUAAAUAUGUCAGAGACAUUCUCAAGAAAGGGGCUACUCUGUGUAAACCUUUUUGAGGAUAAGAUGGAUCCAGACCAAAGAUGCCAUUGAUUUACUCUGAUGACUUUAUUAGCGGAAAGGACCGCCUGGCUCAUUCCAGUGUUUACAGACACAGUCGUACAUAUGUACAAGCGUUAGUCCUUCCUGACCAUGUAUGUACACCUACCAUUUCACAUCAAUGCACACGCACUUCUUGUACUAAACACUAUGAAGAUAAAAGAACCCCUUGGCAUCUCAGGAAGUGACAUUCAGACCCAAUGGUUUACAGAAUGUAUGUCGCAUAUACGUGCUGGGUCAUACACACUGAGAAUAUGUGUACUGUACCUAAAUAUAGGAGUUAUUCAAUAUGUCAGUAUCCAAAUGCUACGAACAUAACAAGCCCGCCAAACCAGUUCAGGUUAAGCAUGUACUUAUUCCAUACCAAUUGACCUAGAUCUGUUAUAGGCAAGAGUGUGGCUGUAACGUAUGCUGCAUUCACCUAUAUAUGGUAAAUUUCUAUAAUAUUAUGUAUGUAUAAUAUAUAUGUUCUUUUUGUGUUAUUUUUUAUUUUAUUUGAACUUGAUCAUUUGCAUAUUUUUUAAAUACGUGCUAAUAAAUUGUACAGCAUGUGCUUUACAUGUCAA